AAAUCCCAACGUCAACAGCAUAAUCAUAUCAACAACCAAAACCACCCUCACCAACCCACCUCAAAUCCUCCAAAAUGGCCGACCGCCCCCCACCCUCUGCUACGGCGAUCAUAAUCGGCACUGCCAUCCUCUCUCUCAUCACAGGCUACAUGAUCGGCACCGCCACCUCGCUCAACCUGCUCCCAUCGCCCUUCUCCUCCGCCCCCGCGAAGACGCGCUCCCGCUCUGAUACCACCGGCUACGACGACGAGGAGGAGAGCAGCGAAGAGGAGAUUGAGGCCGGCGAGGUGCUCGACCACGCGCCGAACUGGGCAAAUGGGCCUGAGGCGGAUAAGCGCGAUGGGCUUACCGUGGCCGCGCCAGCGCCGACGAAGAAGAGGGAGGUGGUGGAUGAUAAUGAGGAGUGCAAGUUGGUUCUUGUUGUGCGCACGGAUCUGGGGAUGACAAAGGGCAAAAUCGCUGCCCAAUGCGGCCACGCGGUGCUCGCAUGCUACAAGUCUUCCCUACGCACGAACCCGUACCUGCGCGCCUGGGAGCGCGGUGGCCAGGCCAAAAUCGCGGUGCAGAUCAACAGCGAGGCGGGGAUCGAGGAGCUGGCUGCCAAGGCGAAGGCGGCAGGGUUGGUGGCGGAGGUCGUGUGCGAUGCGGGGCGGACGCAGAUUGCAGCUGGGAGCAUGACGGUAUUGGGUGUUGGGCCGGGGAAGAGGAGUUUAGUGGAUCAGGUGACGGGGGGGUUGAAGCUAUUGUAAUGAAAGCGAAAUAGAGAAAUACAUGUUUUUAUGAUGGUA